AAAAAACAACAACAACCCUUUCAUAAAAUUGUAGAGUUAUUCUAACCCCCCGCAAUGCAGGAAUCGCAGAUAAAUAAUCCCUGACUGAUGGCCAUCCAACCUCUGUUUAAAAAUCUCCAAGGAAGGAGAGCACACCACCUUUUAAGCCCUAGUUUCUACGCUUCCUGAGGUGAACUAUUUCCCAAUUCAUCAGACAAAAUGUCGUGGGAAACAGGAUCUCAGCAAUGUAAAUCCGACAAAUCUGAAGAAGAAGAAGAAGAUUCCACAAAGGUAGUUAAGAUUAACUUCAAGAAAGUUGACAAACUCGAUAUUACAGUACUUUGCUCCAUAUGUCAACAAACGGUACACAUUAGCGAAAUUCUUUUCCAUAAAAAAGUCCACCAGGCUCUGGCAGUAAUGGAUUAUCACCGGCCAUGGGUGGAAUCAAUAGAUGUCAAUAAAAUAGUUCUUCAGAGAAAACGUCUGCUUUUAAAAAUGAAAAAAUAUAAGACUCCUAAGUUUGUUGAACGAAAGAAGGAGAAGAUUGGCCAUUCAUUUGAUCUCCUUAAAGAAAGCAUGAAGCCUAUUCCAUAUUUUUGCAUUGAAAGUACUGCUCAAAGUUCCGUGCAUGUUGAAGAAGUUACCAAUCCGCUGAUAAAAGCCAUCGCAAUAUGUCAAGACAAAAACGCUCGUUGGCACGAAAACUUGGAAGACGUAUUUGUCGUAUUAGACAAUUAUGGAAACAGGGCAGGUACGUCCUUUCUUGGAGUUUUUGAUGGAAGCAAUGGAAUCUCUGCUGCAGAGACGACGUCUGUGGAACUUCCCGUUUUACUCCUUGACCAGCUUUCUCUUGAAGAUCCCUCCUACCAAGUGAGUGAUGCUGGAAAAGAAUUCAUAGAUUCAUUCUGCACCGUCUUCAGGACAGAUUACAAAGUGAGGGAGAGACUUUUCACUCAAAGGGGUGCCAGAGACAAGAAUGCUUGGCCAGGUGAUUAUGAAUGGAUUCACAGAGCAUAUGCUAAGUCUUUCUGGCGUAUGGACAGGCUUCUACGGCUCGGAAGAAAUGAAGUUUCCAGAGUCUGCUGGAGCAGUUGUACAGCUGCCACCUGUAUAAUAGAAAAUAUAAGCAUCGAAAAGGAAAGCGAACAAGAUGAGGAGGAGAAGAAAACACUUGAAAAGGUAACUGAUGAAGAGGAACAGAACAUCAGACAACAGGAUGAGGAGGAGAUGCCUAAAAGGAUAUUCAUAGCAAAGAAAAAAAGUGACGCAGAGCAGGGAGUGGCUCUGCUUAUAACUAAUAAAGAGAGGGCCAGUGUCACAGAACAGCAGCCAGAGGAGCCACUUGAAGCAACCAACGACAAAAAGGAAAGCAGCACGGUAGAGUCAGAAAACGAUGAGCAGAUUGCCAGUAAUAAGGAUGUGAUUCAGGAAGAGAAUCUGCUUGAAAGCAAGGAACAGCAGCAAGAAGAAUCACUUGAAAGAACAGACAAUCAUGUCAGAGAGCCUGGAGACAAUGUGCAGAUUGCUGAUCAUAUAGAUGGGGGCCAGGAAGAGGGUCUCCUUGAAAACAUGGAAAAGCAGCAAGGUGAGUCACCUGAAACAACAAAUGAUCACUCUGGAGAGCCAGGAGACACUGUGCAUGUUGCUGAUCAUAUAAAUGAGAGCCAGGAAGAGAAUCUCCUUGAAAACAUGGGACAGGAGCAAGGUGAGUUAUCUGAAAGAACAGGUGAUCACACCGGGGAGCCAGGAGACAAUGUGCAUGUUGCCGAUCAUAUAGAUGGGGGCCAGGAAGAGGGUCUGCUUGAAAACAUAGGACAGGAGCAAGGUGAGUUAUCUGAAAGAACAGAUGACCACACCGGGGAGCCAGGAGACAAUGUGCAUGUUGCCGAUCAUAUAGAUGGGGGCCAGGAAGAGGGUCUCAUUGAAAACAUGGAACAGCAGCAAGGAGAGUCUUCUGAAAGAACAAAUGAUCUCACCGGAGAGCCAGGAGACAAUGAGCACAUGGCAGAUAGCAUAGAUGGGAGUCAGGAAGAGGAAGAGCUUGAAGAUGGCAAUAGUUCUACACCGACAGAAGAAAAAUUUGGACUAAUGCAUAUUGCUAAUAUCGGUAACGUUCAUGCUGUUUUAUGCAAAAAUGGGAAAAGCUAUUGGGUUACAAAAGAACACAGCACUUAUUCUAGAGAUGAAAGGAUCCGUGUUCUUAAGAAUGGUGGCUGUAUCAGCAGCAACGAACCCAAAGGACUGAUAGAAGGACUUAUCAAAAGCACUCGUGGCCUUGGCCACCACGGCAAUCCAAAGCUGAAAAAUACUGUUAUUCCUGUACCACAUACAAUCUCCUUUCCUGUUGAUGAUUCAUGCCAAUUUCUUAUUUUAGCUUCUAAUGGACUCUGGGAAGUUCUGGAUAAAAGUGAAGCAGUACUAUUGACAUUAACAAUGUUUUCUGCUUAUCUGGAAAAGUAUCAGUAUCUUCAACUGAAGAAAGCCCGCAUGUCCAAAGGCUCCGAGUUACCUUCGAAUGAUUUGGAAACUGAAUUCUAUUCAUGGUAUUUAAAUAAAGAUUUUUUUCCAGAUAUUGACUUACAAAAUGUAAGGUCCUCAAGUGGCAGUAUGCAAGAACAAGAGAUGAUUCAGUCAGGUUCCUCAGCAGAGCAAGAAGCAGAAGCAGAGGAAGAAGCGGAAGCAGAUGAGGAAGAAGCAGCAGCAGCGGAAGAAGCAGAGGAAGAAUCAGAAGCAGCAGCAGAGGAAGAAGCAGCAGCAGAGGAAGAAGAAGAAGAAGAAGAAGCAGAGGAAGAAGAAGAAGCAGAGGAAGAAGAAGAGGAAGAAUCAGAAGCCACUUUAGACAUUUCUGGAUCAUGGGACUUAAGUGAUGAUACAUCUCAUGAAAGCACAGAUCUACCUCUAACCCCCGAGUUUGCGAUAAAUGUGGAAGAACCUGAACCUGAAAGUUCUGAAUCUUCAGAAAUAUCAGAAGAUUCAGAAAUCAAUUCUAGGACAUUUUAUGCCCUUGCAGCUAAGUAUAUUAGUAAGCACCUUGUAGAAGCUGCACUAAAAGCAGGUUCCAGAGAUAAUAUUACUGUUUUGAUAGCACUCUUAAAUGGAUGUGAUAAAAUACCCACUUAUAUUUAGCAUGUAUAUUGUGCUUAGGAGGAUAGUUCGAGUGAAGGAAAGCUAUAGUACAGUUCAUCCAUUUUAUGAUAAAAGAAACUGCCACAAUAAAUUCACAAAAAUGAGUUAUUUUGUAUCUAAAAAAAGACUGAUUACAAUUAUUUCCUUUUUUUAUACCACUUUAUUCAAACCUGAGCACCUCAAUAUAAAACUAAACACUGGUGAACUGUCAUUUUCCUUGCUAAGCCCAAUUACUGCAAAUUUACAAUCUGCACAUGUAAGUUUCUGCUAGCAGUUCAACAUUUAAAUAGAUUAAAUCAUCUUUUCUGACACUUGGUAGAUUUCAUAUAAUGAAAAUAACUAAAGAAUUAGUGCAAUAUACUGGACAGAUCAAAAUAAAAUGGACUUUGGAAAACAAAGUUGCAGAUUUCAUUACAGACAGACAGUAGUACUUAUGUUACAUGUACAGGAGCAUCAUUUAUUACUGUUCUAGCCAUUAAGGAAGAACUUAAUCCCCUUGAGAUAUGGGGGAAAGAAAUGUUAGCUCUUGAAAGUAACUGUACAUAUUGUAUACUUUUAAGCAACUCUUAAAUAGUACAGAGUAUUAAACAGAUGUAGACUACAAUGCAGUACCCUAUUUACAGUACAUUAAUAUCCCAAUUUAAAAUCAAGUUGAAUGUACAUAAUUGUUAGUGCACUGACUGAUUUUAUUCUUAGGGGAAAGAUAAUUGUGUUAUGGUCAACAGUGAUUAAAACCAAAAUCACGAUAUCUAGUUUUUGUUGGACAUGUCUCAAUAGUUUAUGAUGAGGGAAAUUUUGCAUUAGAUGUUGAAUUCAUUAGCUGUGCCAUUUUGUAAACAGGGAAAAAAAUUGAAUUAAAC